AUGAACUGUAUUUUUUGUGUUGCUGCUGUGGAAACUAGAGACCAUAUUUUCUUUGAGUGUACUGUUGCUUCCUCCCUGUGGUCUGCUUUAUUUUCUCUUAAUGGUUUACAGUUUAAACAUCAUUCUUGGGAUGCUUUUUUCGAUUUGGCUGCUGCGUGUUGGAAGGGCAAAUCCCCACUAACUACCAUCAUGAAAAUUGCAUCUAAUGCCUUGAUUUACACUAUAUGGAAGGAAAGAAACAAGAGGUUGUUUCAAAGCCAAUCUUCUACUGUUGCAGAAAUGUUCAUAGCUAUUAAGGAACUGAUAGCCGACAAGAAGGAAGAUCCAAAGGAAAGGGCAAGACUUGGCUUGCACUCAAAGCAAAAUAGAAAAGGCCGACACUUUUUCUCCAUUGCUUUGAACGCCUGA